AUGCACUCGCUGGACGGCCGGCUGACCCCCGAAGGGGCCCUGGUUUUGUCGAAGUCCAAUUUUGAUUUGCUGCAGAGCUUUGGGGGGCCCCCCCGAGUUGCUGCUGGGGGGGCCCCCCCGGAAGUGCCGCGGGUGCUGCGGCUGCGGGACGUGGAGACUGGGGAGCUGCUGGAGCUGCAGCAGCAGGGCGCUGCAGCGGGGCAGCAGCAGCAGCAGCAGCAGCAGCAGCAGCAGCAGGCAGCAGCAGGUACCAACUCGUCGAAGACAAACUGCUGCCUCCCAUCAACCCAGACACUUGUGAAGGAGAUGCAACUUAUCAAAUUGUUGUCCCAAGUCCCAUGGUCUCUACUGCUAUUGCUUGUGGUGCUGGUGGUUAUGCUGCUGAUGAUGGUGAUUGUGGUGGUGGUCUAA